GAAUUUCUAAUCCUGGCUACACUGUAGACAAAUAUAUUAGAGUUUAUUCAUAUAAUACCGAAGAAUUGAUGAAAAUUACUUAUUAUUGCAAGAAUAGCUUAACUAACCGAUGCAUAAUAUAAUAAAUCGUAUCUAAUCUCAUCACGUACACAGCGAAACCAUGGACAAAAAGAUUUCAUCCACUUCUCAGCCACGCAUAUUGAAAAAAAAACAUUUUAGAGUAAAACAUCAAAAAGUUAAACUGUUUAGAGCGAAUGAACCGAUUCUAAGCGUUUUUAUGUGGGGAAUCAAUCACACUAUUAAUGAGCUGAGCCAUGUAAAUAUACCUGUUAUGCUGCUGCCAGAUGACUUUCGGGCUUAUUCCAAAAUAAAAGUUGAUAAUCACUUGUUCAACAAGGAAAAUAUGCCGUCACACUUUAAAGUAAAAGAGUAUUGCCCCUUGGUUUUUCGAAACUUGCGAGAAAGAUUUGGGGUUGAUGAUGUGGAUUUCCGAGAAUCAUUGACACGUUCACAACCUAUCAAAAUCGAUUCCUCUGGAAAAUCAGGAGCACAGUUCUAUCAAAGCUAUGAUAAAUUUUUUAUAAUAAAAAGUUUAACCUCUGAAGAAAUAGAGCGUAUGCACGCUUUUUUAAAGCAAUAUCAUCCCUAUGUAGUUGAGAGGCAUGGUAAAACUCUUUUACCGCAAUAUUUGGGAAUGUACCGUAUCACAGUGGAAAGUGUGCAAUAUUAUUUUGUUGUCACGCGGAAUGUUUUCAGCUCGCACUUGACAAUUCACAAAAAAUUUGAUUUAAAAGGCAGUACUGUAGAUCGUGAAGCAUCUGAGAAAGAACUAGAAAAACAUUUACCGACUUUUAAAGAUAAUGAUUUUAUAAAACAGAAAGUAAAAUUAGAAAUUGGAGAAGAAGCAAAAUUUAAACUAAUGGAAACCCUGAGCAAUGAUGUCGAUCUUCUGACUAAGCUACAUAUCAUGGACUAUUCUUUAUUGGUUGGAGUGCACGAUUCUGUGCGUGCUGAAGAGGAAGCUUUACACGGAGAUCAUAACCAAGCAGCUGGACGUAGCGAAAAUAGUGAGAGUGAGGAGUGUGAUAGUGGUGAACGCUGGACGUAUAACACUCCUCCGGAUUCUCCAAGAGGUGCUCAAUAUAAAGAAGUUGUUUAUGAAGUUGAUAUAUAUGCCAUUCCAAGCAUUGAAGAAAAGCGAGAAAUUUACUUUAUUGCUAUUAUUGAUGUUCUCACUCAAUACGGCGUAAAAAAACAAGCAGCAAAGGCAGCAAAAACGGUGAAAUAUGGAAGUAAUGUGGAUGGAAUAUCAACAUGCGAUCCCGAACAAUAUGCAAAACGUUUCUUAGACUUUAUGGAUAAAGCCAUAGAAUAAAUUAACGUUACCAUGUA